AUGAAGACUAACGCCGGACUCAUCGCGGCCCUAGCCUCCGUAACGGCGGCCCACGGCGUCCGGACCCAGGACGGCUCCGGCUACCCGCCUCCCCCGCCCGGAAAACGACAAGACAUCGCGCCACCCGGCAAGUGGCGUAUCUCGCCCCUCGACGGCUCCAAGAUUGCUCUGCCGACUGCGGAGCAGCUCGCCUUCCAGGACCGCGAGAUGGGCUGCCUGGUGCACUUCAACAUGGCCACCUACAUUGCGCAGGAUGGCUGCAACGGCGACCCCACCCUCGUCCCCGCGCGCGACCUUUUUGACCCGGAGCAGCUCGACACGGACCAGUGGAUGGAGACGGUCCGGAGCUUUGGCGGCAAGUACGCCACGCUCGUCGCCAAGCACAACUGCGGCUUCACCACUUGGCCCACCGAGGUGACGUUCAAGGACGUGGCGGGCGAGACGGUCCCGUACAACUAUACCAUUGCGCAGUCCCCGGUCAAGGGCAAGGAUGUGGUGGAGAGCUUUGUCGAGUCGACGGAAAAGUACGGCUUCGGGCAUGGAUUUUAUUAUAGCGUGGUGGUCAACAACUACCUCAAUGUGCAGUCCGCGCAGGUCCGCAAUGUCACGGCCGCGCCGGGUCAGGUCGGCAUCACCACCGACGUGUACAACGACGUUGUUUUUGAGCAACUCAAAGAGCUAUGGGGCAAGUACGGCAACUUGACCGAGAUUUGGUUCGACGGCGGCUACAGUGGCGACCAAAAGGAGCGCAUCCAAACCCUACUGCAAAAGGCCCAGCCCAACGCCGUCAUCUUUGGCGGCUGCCAGGACAAUGGCACUUGUGUAUCUGACAAUUCCAUCCGCUGGAUUGGCAAUGAACUAGGUCACGCCGAGGAGGAAAAUUGGUCCACUGGCCUCACGGAAUCAGGCGCGUCCGACAGCCCCUACUUCACACCCGCCGAGUGCGACACCACGCUGCAGACGGGCGACCGCUGGUUCUUUGGAGUCGACACGCCGCUGCGAUCCCUCGACGAGAUGAUCAAGGUCUACCACGAGACGGUCGGCCGCAACUGCGUCCUCGCACUCGACCUAUCGCCCGACCGCCGCGGUCUGAUUCCCGACUCCCACGUCGCGCGGUACAAGGAGCUCGGCGAUUUCAUCCGUCAGUGCUACGACCACCCCGUGCAGCCGUCGUGCAAGAAGCGCAACAAGGCUAAAGGCACUUAUACGCUCACUUUUGACAAGCCCGCGGAGAUUGACCGCGUCGUGCUGAUGGAAGACCAGACGGGCGGGCAGGUCAUCCGGACGUACCAGGUCUGGGGUAAACAGGGCAAGGAGAACGAAUGGAGCUUGCUGUCGAAUGGUACCAGUGUCGGUCACAAGAAGAUUGACCUUUUCUCGAAGCCGGCGACGGUGACUGAAGUCAUGGUCAACUCGACCUUUGUUGAUACGCCAAAGUGGCGAUCCGUCACUGUUCACAAGUGUUCGUAG